AACAGCAGCUCGGCUGGAGGCGUACUACUGCAAGGAGGUAAUUCCAGCUUUCUCUCCUCUCUCCCCCUGAGCCCUCAGACGAGGUUCACUGCUACGUCUCAGUCACGUGGCUCUCCUCAGUGAAGGCUUCGCUCUCUGCGGCUCCUCGGCGCAGCCAGCGAUGUUUGAGGCUGAGAUAUGAGAUGCAACUGAGAGUGGCCCGCUCAUAGAGGCAAAGUUAUGGCACAGUCAUCAUCGGAGGAAGAGGUCCCGCAGCAAUUUCUCUCUGCCACUAAGUCCUCCGCUGGUGACGCGCAAGCAUUUCUGGGACGCACAACACCGGAGCGAGAAAACCCCAAAUUAAACUAAUUGAAAUCGGUGCAGAAGAGCGUCGAGGACAGAAAGAGAUUUCAGCAGAGUUGAGUUGUGUGGGGGGCACAAUGCAACAGGCCUGUGAAGUGAAGAUAACAACUGGCUCACAGCGACACACCGUGUAAUGCUAAUCUCGAUGCAGCCAUAGUUCCAAGUGCCCUUCAACCAACCUGAGGAUGACACUCAGACAAUAGGACUUCUGACUUCAUUCUUCACCUGCGGAGCCUUCAGCAUACUACCAAAACAGCAUAAAAGUGAAACCAAGGCAGCCAUGAACCUGUUCAGGAAGGAUGCCAUGAGCACAAAGAAGGAGAAGGAGAAAGAGAUCCAAUAUGAGGACCCUCCAGAUGGGGGGUGGGGCUGGAUGGUGGUGCUGCAUUGCUUCCUGGUAAAUGUCCUAGUGAUGGGAACACUGAAGAGCUUCGGGAUCUUCUUCGUGGCCUUCCAAGAUGAGUUUGGAGGCUCGGCAGAGAGCAUCAGUUGGAUCGGUUCCAUCAUGUCGAGUCUGCGCCUGUCUGGAGCACCCAUUGCCUCUGUGGCCUGUGCCAAGCUGGGAGCCAGGGUGACCUCCAUCGCCGGGGCAGUGCUAGUUAGCGGAGGCUUCCUCAUAAGUAUUUUCGCCAACAGCGUGGUGUUCCUCUACAUCAGCAUGGGAGUGAUAGUUGGAAUGGGUUUUGCACUACUAUACCAGUCCUUCUCAGUGGUCACAGCCCUGUACUUUCGAAAGAGGUUAGCAACAGCGUAUGCAAUCGGGCGUUCUGGGAUGGGUUUGACCUUUGCCCUCGCUCCGUUCACUCAGCUGCUCCUGGACCAAUAUGCUUGGCAAGGUGCGAUGCUGAUUCUAGGGGGUCUCAUGCUGAAUCUGGUGGCCUCUGGGAUGCUUCUGCGGCCCAUCAACGUGAAGCCUCCCAUGUCAAACGCUACCUCUUCUCCCAUCCAAAAGAGUCCUGCUGUUUCCCUCAAGAGCUCCUCAGAGAAGGAAUACACUAAGAGCUGCUUGAAUGGCUCCUCUCAUUUGUCUAAUGGCAUCUCCAAAUCAGACUCAUUCCCAUCCUCUCCUCCCUCUCACAGGGACUCUGAGAACCUGGGGGGCCAAUGUACUCAGGGAGCCCAGGACCAGUCAGUGAACCCUGAAUUUACCAGACUGAUCCUCAAUGGUGUGAAUGGCCAUGAGCCUCACCAUGACUUGGGUCAGUGUAAACCCACCGCUCCAGACAGCUCAUUGGAGCUCAAUGGCAGCAUGAAUGGGUCCACCAUUGUUGGAUUUCCCUCACAUGCCAGCACACCCAGUGAGGUGACCGUCAAAAAAGCCAAAGUACUGGAUUUCUCCUUGCUAAAGGACCCAUUCUUUUGCAUCUACACUUGGUCCUUGGUCUUCAGCCAGCUGGCCUACUUCAUCCCCUAUUUCCACCUGUCUGCCCGAGCCAGAACCCUGGGCAUCGACGCCAUGGAUGCUUCGUUUAUCAUCUCUGUGGCAGGUAUCACAGAGACCAUCGCCCAGCUGGCGUCAGGCUGGGUGACAGACAGGAACCUGUUUCAUAAAUACCACUACCACAAAGCCUAUCUGAUCCUGUGUGGCCUGGUCAACCUGCUUUCCCCACUGGCAACCUCCUAUAUCCUGCUGAUGGUUUACGCAGUCUUCUUUGCCGUCUUCUGUGGCGGCUACAUGGCUCUGCUGCUGCCUGUUCUAGUAGAUCUCGUGGGCUCGGAGAAACUCAACAACUCCAUGGGCUUCUCCAUGUUCUUUGUCGGCCUGGGUUGCCUUACGGGGCCUCCUUUGGCAGGGUUCCUGUACGACUACACUCAGACUUACGACUGUUCUUUCUACCUGGCUGGGCUCUGCUACCUGCUCUCCUCCCUCUCCUUGUUCAUGGAGCCGCUGGCUCGGCGCUGGAAGGCCAGGAAGAGAUUGGAUCAGAACAAGAGAGCAGAAAGCAGCUGUAAGACCAAUGGCUGUUUCACCCCAGACCGCCUGCAGAACGGCGCUGUGUAGGAAUGAAACCCAGGGAAGGCCUUCGAUCUUGAACCAGCAUGCUCAUGACUUGCCGUGGGCCUGCAUACCUUGGACCUUGGACUCCAGCUUAAAGUCGGGACCUAAGUGACCUUUAAUGUCUGCAGGAGCGUGACAUAGGCCGGGGAGAAGGAGAAUAUGACCACAGUAACAUGAUGUCUAAGAACAUACAAUAGUCAGGACGUUGGUGAAUAAAUGAUUAUGUUGAACUUUUAAAAAGCCAAAAUUUUAGUGUUCUGCAGAAUAUUUUAUCCCCUAUUCUUGUACACGCAUCAAAAACCGAAGACAAACCCCUACAGGCCACAUCCAGCACAUUUUAGUAUGAGCAUCUUUGCUGCCAUGACUUAUUGAGGUCUAAUCUAAUUCUGUUUUCCAACAAUGCAACAACAACAAAAACACUCAGCUUUGCCGUAACAUUUAAUUGCUGGAAACUAAGUUAUGCAGUUGAGCUGGCAACCCUGUCUUGAACAAAUUUUUCUGACAUUAAUGGAGGCAUAUAUCCAUGAAGGAGAACUUUUCACCUGCUUUCCUUGGAAGCCUUUACCUGUAUCUGUAAAACUGACAUGCACUUUGGGCCAAGUUGUGACAAUGCUGCAUGACAUUUUCACAGACCUUUAACUGCCAUAUAGUUAAGAUACUGAGCAACCACACAAUUGCAGCCUGCCUCUACACAAUGUGUCAUUUGCUCUACAGAGCCAAAAAGCAGUAAUUGCUUCACUAGUUUUUUGCCUCCGCACCAGCGUCAGCCAGGGCCACUUUCAGGUUAUCCGUCCUUCCCUUUCUCAAAUUGGGCCCAAACAUUCAUUAAGCCUCAAGGAAGAAGGUUGUAGUGGUCAAAGGUCAAAGGUCAAAGGUCAAUGUGACUUCACAAAACAAGGUUUUGGCCAUAACUCACAAAUUCAUACUCUAAUUGUGACACAAUCUAACACAAGUGUCUUAAUAGGUUAAAAUGAUGAAGUGAUGACAUUUUAUAUCCAAAUGGUCAAAGAUGAACUUCACUGGGACAUCAUAAUGUUCUGCAAAAAGACUUCGGCCAUUAUUCAAUGCUGUAACUGAGGAAGGAGAGAAUGUGACCAUGUGUCUUGCAGCUUGUCUGGUUGGAGGAGGCAUACAAGCGCGAGGCGAUAAUUCUAGUCUCCCAUUGAAAUCAUUGAGCAAAAUGUUCAAAAUUUGAACGUUCCUGUCAUCUUCAAACAUUUUAUGUUCCUCAUCAACCCAUUUCUACUUCACCCUAAAUACUAACUUUUGUACUUUAACACAGAUGUUCAGCUUUUUAACAGCUCUUACAGUUUUUCUGGAAGUUGAAGUGUGACGUUAUAACGGCUGAUGACACUGACCUCUGCCAAUGGAGCAUUCAAGGGAAGUGGGAACAUAGACUGACCCUCCCAAUUUCUUUCACGCUUUUAAGCCCUUUACAUGUAAACUGACUUUCACCUGUCACGCCUGAACUGAGAAAUCAACUGCUUUCUGCUGACAGUGCACACACUUGAACUGUCUCCCGCACUUCCGCCUCAACUGAUUUUCAACUGCUGAAACUUCAACAGUUUAGCAGCAGACACAUCGCCUCGCAUUCCAACCGCUUUCAAGUGACAUUUAAACUACAGCAUCCAACACUUCAGCUGAUUUUUACUCUUCAACUGUCCUAACCGACAUGCACGGUCGUCAUUUACAGUUUAAUUUCAGCUUUCAUUUGUAUCACUGCAAAUGACGAUUCAACUGCUUUCAUCUCAGCUGGCUGACGUUUCUGUUGGUUUCAUGGUGAAGACAUCAACUAGAGCUGCAGCUGUUUUCAUGAUUUCAUGUCUUACUCCUCAGUCGCUUUCAGCGGUUACAUACAAACUGACAACUCAGCUGCCUACAGCCGUUACACAUCAACUGACUGCAGCUGCUUUUAGCUGAAACACUAACACCUCAGCUCCUUUCCGUGCUUUAACUUCAACCCACUCUUCAGCUCCUUUAAUCACAUUUUAAAACACGAUGACCCGUUUACAGUCGAUGAACCUGCAAUGUUCUGCACAAGAGAGGACACUUUUGAUAUACAAUUAAAACCUCUGUUGUGACCUUUUUUAAAUACCGCAACUGGAAUAAGGCCUUUCUCCUUCUGUGGGUCAAUAAUGACAUUACACACUUAAAUAGCUGAGUGAUCUUCUACUUGGCAGCACCUGGUGAUAAGAAAACCUUCACGCCUAGCUCAUCGCUUGUGAGCUGUUCUAUGCAAGUGCACACACAGAACGAUUUCCCUUUGACAGCUCGCUUGCACGCACAAUCAUUGUAACUGUAACAAAGAUACCAGCUCAUGAGAGAAGAACCCUGUUUGGUCGAGGCUGAAGUGGUUUGAUGUUUCCUGAAUGUUUUGAUCAUAGUUGGACCGUCGGAGCCGAUGAACUCCAGCGAACAGGGAGGUUUUUUUUUUCCCGUGUGAUUCUGUCUCAUUUCAUCAACAGUUAUAUGUCUGUAAAUCUCUGAUCAACUGUGUUAGGAAGAUGUUUUACUGAUGUUGCCCAUAUAAAUGCACGGUGCCCCAAACUGACUGUUGCCCAGCCUUUACAGUGCCUGCAGGCAGCCAAUUAAUGGUAAUGCAACUUAUAAUUUUAUUGUGUUUAUAAAUGGAAGCCUAUUGGUUGUUGAAUUUUUUUUUUUUUUUAUAGUGGAAGUUUUUGUGUUUUCAGUGGAUUCUUUGUUCUCACCACUGUUUGCCUUAUAAGGUACUGUAUUGUAUCUUUACUAACUUCCUGUGAUGUCAGCCAAAGACACAUUAGAAACCUACCUACAACUUGAAGCUUAUUAUUAGUUAAAUAGUUUGGACGGUGUGUAUAAUUUAAACCACUAUGACCAUCCAUUGUGCAGUCAUUUCCAGGUCUUGAUUGAGCAUGGCCCAGCAUCCAGAGAUGGACAUGUGUUUUCUUAUGCUGCCCUCUUGUGGCAGAGGAAGGCAUCUACUCAAAGAAUGCUGUCUCAAUUAGUACCAAAUUAUUCCCCCUCAACUCACUUUCACAAUACUGAGCAAGGCUCUUUGUAUUGUUUCAAUAACGACAGUCAUGCACAAAAGCUCUUCUUGGCUCACGAGUUGCAUUCACCACCAGUAUGCUUUUGUGAUUUAGGGCCACUGCAUAUUUUGUACCAUAAGAAAUCUUUUAUGAAAAGUAUUUGAUGCUUUAAAAGUAGAUUUAGUUUGGGAUUAUUUUACUUGUUAGUUAUCUGAAUCUUUUAAGAAACUGUAUGGUUGAGCAAUAUCUUGAAAUACUUUUUAUGUCUCUUUGGUAAUGUCUCAAACACCACUGUUAAGGAACUGAGUUCUGUUUUGAUGGCGUUUGAUCUUAUGUUCUUGUUGCAGCAAAUGCAUUUAUGGGUGAAGCACUGUUUUAUCACUACUCUCGCUCCUGGAUUUGUUAACUGAUCGAGUUUAGAAAAUAUGCUUAACCAAUCAUAGAUAUCCUGGUACAAGCCCUUAGAGUUCAUUUUUAAGCCUUGUAACAGUGUGCACUCAGCUGUAAUAAACUGAUGUGUGACUCA